AUGGAUGAGACCGUGGGGGCUGCAGAAGCAGCUGCUUCCAACAUUGCUGUCAUGGCGAAGGGCGGCGAGGGAGCAGCGGACUCGCCUCUACAUCAUCUGGAAAUGCUCCCUCAUCCUCCUCACUUGGGACUCCGAUCACGACGACUGACUCAGCGGCUUCCAAGCCUUUCACCUCCAUUCCAUCUGAUGUUCAUCACCGGAGAGCCAGAGCAGAUGGGAAGAACAAUUACGUUUCGGUCGAUCUGCACAAGUUCGUUCAUGCGUGUAUAA